AUGUCUUUUGUCCAGUUGGAUUGGGUCCGAAGUCUAUCACCCGAAUUGUGGUGGAAUACGUUGGAUAUGGGGAAACGGCCAGAGUGUAUCUCUGACAUUCACAGAGUCACAAUCAACUUCCUAUACGCCGUCGAUGGGUGGAUCGGACAGGUUUCCCUCGAUGGAACAAAUGUCACUGAGGUCAAUACUAACAAGGCCGGGGUAGCUGUCACCGACUGCCUGCCGCUCACAUGGACCUCGGACGUCCUCAUCCCGGGAAACCAUACCGUCUCAGUUGCCUCCCUCGAUCCAAACCUUGAGAUCCAAGCUACAUGGGUGAAUAUAAAUAGCUUCGUUUACACGGCCGCGUCGGUGCCAUCGAUGAGCACAACUAUAUCAACAAGCAUAGCCAUAUCAACGAGCACAACCAUCCCUGGACCUUCGGGCGAUACAACUACAUCCAAGCACAAGGCGCCAAAAAUCGGCAUCAUUGUUGGAAUCGUGACAGGAAUCGUGGCUCUCCUAUUCCUCCUUAUCUGCACACUAUUCCUUCGCCAACGGCGACGAUCCUCGAUUGAGACGGUCACACUGGACACUGUUGAAAAGUCCGCAGCCAAUCCCAUGGACCAAUCAUUCACAGGGAUCUCUGGGUAUAACAACCCAAUUUUUCAAGAUGGAACAUCUCGUUACGAGGAGCAACGUAUUCCACUGGACUCCAUGAAAAUAAUGUCCCCUCCAACCCAAGCUAUAACGGAUGUGGUUGCAUAUCCCGAACUACUUCCAUCACCACCUUCAUCCACCGGGCAAAGGGAUGUUCUCAACCGCUCAACAACAGAGUCACCCGUCUUCUCUCCUCCAUCCAUACUCUCUCAAAGUAAACACCUGCCUCCGCUUCCUGACUUUCCUGACACUGGAAGUUCUCCCCAAACAUCUUCGGCAUCUGCUCGCGAUGCUCCGACCGACGGGUUGCUCUCAGAAAAUCAAUUGUCCGUUCUGCAAAGGCUUGCAGAGUGGAACAUCCCAGGACCCGCUUUAGCUGCAGUUGUUGCGAGUUUGCGUAGUGGAGGGGGACAUGUAGUGGGUGAGUCUGAGCUCGAGCCGAGCAGCUCGGGGCAGCAACCACCACCUCCUCGUACCGGGGAGGAUGCUCCCCCUGAAUAUGACUUCAAGGGGUACUGA